UUUCUCCGUCUCUCUCUAUCUCUGAGCCAUUCUCGCCCUCACUUUCUCCCCUCCUGCCCGCCCCGCUCGCUCCCUCGCUCGCUCGCUGGCUGCGCCGGGGCUGCCCCCACCUCCUGCGCCGGUUCGCGGGGACGCGUGUGCGGAGCGAUUGUCCUGGGGGACGUUUGAUGGAUUAGAGCGCUGAACAGUUCCAUUGCUCGGGGACCACCUGAUCUCCUCCAGCCUGCGUCCCAUAUAAAGCCGGCAGCCCGGGAGCUGCGCACAGCGCCCGCGCCCGCCCGCCUGCGCGCCGCCGCCGCCGCCGCCGCGAGCCCGGAGCCCGGAGCGGGGAGCCCGGAGCGGGGAGCGGGGAGCCCGGAGCCCGAGGCCGCGCCGGGGCCGCCGCCGCCGCCGCCGCCCGCCGGGAGCUGUCCAGUGCUGAAAGCCCGCGCGCCGCGCCGGCCGCACCAUGCCGCGCUCCUUCCUGGUGAAGAAGAUCAAAGGGGACGGCUUCCAGUGCAGCGGGGUGCCGGCCCCCACCUACCACCCCCUGGAGACCGCCUACGUGCUGCCUGGAGCCCGGGGGCCGCCCGGGGACAGCGGCUACGCCCCGCACUGCCUGCCCCCCAGCAGCUACGAUGCAGACCAGAAGCCCGGCCUGGAGCUGGCGCCCGCCGAGCCUGCCUACCCGCCGGCGGCGCCCGAGGAGUACAGCGACCCCGAGAGCCCGCAGUCCAGCCUGUCGGCGCGCUACUUCCGCGGGGAGGCGGCCGUCACCGACAGCUACUCCAUGGACGCCUUCUUCAUCUCCGACGGGCGCUCGCGGCGGCGGCGGGGCGCGGGCGGCGGGGACGCGGCGGGCGCGGGGGACCCCGCGAGCACCGGGGGGCCCCGCGCGGGGCGCACGGGGGCCCCGGCGGGCGGCGGGCACCGGCACGCGUGCGCCGAGUGCGGCAAGACGUACGCCACGUCGUCGAACCUGAGCCGCCACAAGCAGACCCACCGCAGCCUGGACAGCCAGCUGGCGCGCAAGUGCCCAACGUGCGGCAAGGCGUACGUGUCCAUGCCCGCGCUGGCCAUGCACGUGCUCACGCACAACCUGCGCCACAAGUGCGGCGUGUGCGGCAAGGCCUUCUCGCGGCCCUGGCUGCUGCAGGGCCACAUGCGCUCGCACACGGGCGAGAAGCCCUUCGGCUGCGCGCACUGCGGCAAGGCCUUCGCCGACCGCUCCAACCUGCGCGCGCACAUGCAGACGCACUCGGCCUUCAAGCACUACCGCUGUCGCCAGUGCGACAAGAGCUUCGCGCUCAAGUCCUACCUCCACAAGCACUGCGAGGCCGCCUGCGUCAAGGGCGCCGAGCCGCCCCCGCCGCCCCCCGCCGGCCCCGCCAGCUGAGCCUGCAGCCCCGCGUGCCCGCGCCCCGGGUCCCCAACCCCCCCCCACACACAGCGGCGGCGGCGCCCCCCCGCGCCGUCUCCAAGCCCCCAGCUGCGUCUCCCCUGCCCGCGUCCCUCGUGGGGGACCCUCCCCCCCGCAGCCCGGAACUUUGUCGCCAGCCCCUCCCCGCUCCCCAGCCCGGCGCGCCCUGACCCGCAGCGUCCCUUCCGGCUCCCUCCCGAGACUGGCAUCGUGACCACCCCCACCCCGACCCCCAGCCCAGCCCACACCCUCCAGGCUCCCAACUCAGGCACCAGAGCUGGAAUCUUCCACCUACAACCUGCGCCUCUGCUACACGCCAACCCCCACCCACCACCCCCUCCCACCCCCCGCCGCCUGGCUCUUCCCCUUGGCAGAGCGCCGGAUCUUUCUUAUUGUCGCCCCCAAUCUAGGGCCCAGCCUGACCCUUGGCGCUCACGCCUGCCUUGGUUUCCCCAGGCUCAGCAAGACAGAGGCCCCCCGCAGCCCUCGGGCCUCAUUCCAAGCCCGGACCAUCCCUCUGUCCUCCGCUCCCCUGUAUGCGUCUAGGGGUCCCCAGUCUACACCAGUCCCCGCCAUAUCCCCCCCCCACAGAUCCAGCCACUCCACCCCACUCACCUGCGUUCUCCUUUGUCCACGGGUGGGGGGGGCCGGUGCAAAUUCCCAGUGCCCCUCACCCGCUCCAGCAGCCCCCUUCUCUGUGCUGCCCUGGCCUGGCCAGUUCAGGGCCCACUCCGCUCACGCGCACCCCCUCUCGCCCCAGGCCAGCCCUCCCCUGGACAUCCAGCGCCCCGCCCCACCCCCACGCCCUCUCCCCACAUUCUCUGAGCACUUUCCCCUACCCCCAGAACUACAGGUACCCCCGCUUUGUUGGGGGGGAGGUCGGAGGCACCUCGCACACGCCCUUCCCUCUGUCCGGCUGGACCUCUCCCGUUCUUGGUGUAUUUAUUUAUUUAUCUAUUUAUUGUUCUAGUUCAUCUCUUGGCCUCACCCAGGGAACUGUCUGGCUUCCCCAGCGGGACUGGGAGGUCAGGGAGCCAGGCGAGGGGAGGGGCAGCAAAGGCCACGGAGGGCCGGCUCCUCUCCCCCCCUCUCCCCUCCGCCCUCGCGCACCCCACCCCUUCUCGGGAGGGAGGUGAGGGGCCAGGCCCGCCCUCCUCAGAGCCUGAACUCUGGGAAGGAGGCUGGAGGAGGGCCUUGCGCGCGGAGGGUGGGGUGCUACCCCGCUGACUCCCUGGGGGUCCGGCAGGGGCGCCAGGAGGGCGCUUCUUGGGGCAGGUCCCCGUCCUCCUGAGCCUUCUUGCAUGCUCACUCCGGUCCCCGGAGCGAGCCGCUUCCUCUAUUUGUUUCCCCCACGUAUUCCUCUUCUGAGGGACCCCAGGUUCCAGGGACCGACUGAGCCCCGGGCCCCGCUGGGGCCCACGGCCUGCUCCGCCCCCCGGGAGGCGUGCUCACUCCCGGCCACGUCUAUGCAACUCUUCCGUGCAGAGGGGCUCCCGCGGGCCGGCCGACACUACCUCCCCCGCCGCUAGUGCAUGCCCGGGCAGGACCGGGCACAGCCUCCGCGCCCGCGGGCCCGGCCCCUCUGCUUUAAGCACACGCCUCUGCGCCAGGCACUCGACGCCCCGCUCCGGGGGACCCCUCGAGGCCUGGACUCUCCGCCCUCCCCCGCUCUGCGCUUACCCACAAAGCAGGGUGGAGCCCGGCGCAUCUCAGCGCACCUCGGCUGGCCCCCGGCCCCCCCCCCAGGGGAGGGAGGCCCAGGGAUAGGGGGAGGGAGAGGGGGGCCGCAGAAGCAAUUACGGAGGGUGUUGACCCUGUAGAUAGGAACUUCCGACAGCAAUAAUUUUCCAUGCAUGCUACGCCUUUUGGCCAUAUUUUGUAUGAGCGCUAGGCGCUCCCCCCUUCUCCCCGCCCCCCCCCCAACGCCCACCCCCCCCCAUCCCCACCCCUUCCUCACCUCCAGCAGUAUUACUUGUAACGCAAUUCAGGGA